GCCCAGCCUCGCCGAAAACACAUAGAUGACAUGCAUUAUAUCUUGCUUUCAAUCUCAAUACUAUUGAAUGCUUAUGACCAGUGAAGAUAUGGCCGCAUAAAUUAUAUCACUUAGUUCAUGUCAACCCUUUCACCAUGGUUUUGAAAGAGACUACGCUGAACGAUUGUCUUGUCUUCAUAGACAGAGUUGGCGACGACCUGCCCUUGCAUAUUCAGCGAUUCAAGAAUCAAAUUGUUACUUUCAAUAAUGACGUGAGCAGGCUACAUCCGGCGGCUAAUGAGAAUGAACUCGAAGAAGCCGAAGAAAACGCCGAGGCGGCCAUUGAGAUAGCAGAAGCCACGGAUACGAACGAAUCGAAAUGGGUAGAUUAUUAUGUAGGGCGCUUUUUAACACCGUUCGAGCGAUUCAGCAAGAUCGAUAGACAUGACAGCCGGCGGACCGCCGUCUCCAAAUUUCUGCAUGCCCACUUUAGGACUAUUAGAGAUAAGCGCUGGACAUUGUUUAAUCGCCAUGACGGAUUUAGAGUACAUCGACGCGAGGGGCUCACAAUGCCGCAGCCAGACUACAUAGCGGCAUUUCCCGCAUACAAUGACCACUAUAUAAGCAAACUGAAGAUACCCAAAGCGUGGUUUCUAAAAGAGCACUUUGAAUCGGAUAACUUUAUACACUUUUCUGAAACGACUUUCCGGCUACUUGCGCAAAAGGGUCUGUCGGCACAUAUCCAGCCCUUCCCACCAGAGCAAACAAAACGCCGCGGCAAGAAACCCGACUAUUUCUGUUUCCCAUGGUUUAUUGCUGAGUUCAAAGCGGCUAAGAAGGCCAAGGAAUUUUGCUACUGCCAGGCUGCGAAUGCUGGUUCUGCAGCCAUUUUGAUGUUUGAGAAGCUCUGCAAGUGGGAUAUCCGGAACCACAACUUUUCACAAAUCCCACCUGUUUUGACUAUGACUACAAUUGGUAGCGAGGUUAAACUGUGGGUAGUAUAUGUUAUCAAGGGCGGCAUAAAAAUGAGCCUACUAUGGGAUGGCGAUGUCAAAGCCGUGAAUGAUGCGCUGCGGCUAACGGUUAUCUUUGAAAACAUUCAUACUUGGUUUAUUCACGAACUUAAACCAACUAUAUCCAGUAAUAUAAAGCGAUGGCUCAUUGUUCAUGAGAGAGAGCUCAAGGAGAGAAAUGUUAAGAAACCCAAAUAUCGCUCGGGAAGAACGGUAUUAUUCGACAAAAAGACUGAUUAUAAAACGAAAGGGUUGAAAAAGAAUAAGCCUUCAAAUAUCAAAGCAGCAGCAGCAGCAAGAGACGAAGAAGAAAAGGAUGAGAGAGAAGCAGGUGGCGACGAAACCGACAACGAAGCCGAAGAGAGCACAGAGGAGGAAACAGAAGGAGAAGAAGAUGAAGUCGCUACUCCUAUCAACAGUAAAAAAAGUAUAUCCAGGUCCGUCUCCCCCUCAUAUUCAGGUACAACAUUAGCUGGAUCAACAGAGAAGCGCCGAAACGGGUACAACAAGAAUAACUCAGCCUCUACGCCGGAGUUAGUCAAGCCGUUACGCGUGCCUGGAAGCUAUAGUGCCCGGAGACCCAAACCUCACCGGUCGCGUAGCCAAAAUCCAUACGGCAGCAAGGACAUGCGGGGUUUUGAUAAUCUUGACGAUGAAGAAGAAAACGGAAUUAAUAGCAGCAAAUCGACCGCGUUUGAGAUGGGUGAUUUACGUGCCACUCUAGCGGACCUGACUUCAUCUAUGGCCAAAAUUCAGGCCCAAAUACAGGCACUUGGGGUGCCCAGGAUAGACGAAGAGAGCUCCAACUGUGAGGAUGAAUUCUUCACACCAGAGAGCCCGUCUGCUAAGCAACAUAGACGCAGAAAGAACCGUGUCUGAGGAACGGUUGCUUGAUCUAUGUAUAAGUAUAUAGAUAGUUUAAAAUUUGCA